AUGGCGUGCCCUAUCACCGUCACCAAGUUCGUGGGCACAGUCUCACUCGGUCUGCUGACGGGCCUAUCCUACUCCACCUCCGCCGUCACUGUCCCGUCACUGCAGCUGCUGCCCACAUCCACCACGGCGUCCCGGUGUCUCCAUGAAGUCAAGCGCCUGAAUCGCAAGCAUGUCUUGCGCAUCUCCAGUCUGGCCAACACCUGCUUCCUCUUCGCCUACUGUAUCUCCCCGCCGCGUCGCAAACACCCGUAUCUGCUGUGGAUGUGCGCGACCUCCGCACUCGCCUCCUACGGCCUGGAUUUCUGGUUCAAUCGCCAGAUCGGCUUGCAGAAUUGGUUCUUCAGCGUUCUCCGGGACACAAGCGGUCUGACGCUGGGCCGCAAGUCUUCUGCUAAGAAAGAGGAGGACUUGGUUGUUGUGGAAGCUGAGGAGGACGUCAAUGGUGAGACGAUCCAGCGGGAGAUGGUUGCAGAGCGCCGUCUGCAGUGUAUUCGGGCCUGGUUGUCUGGUAUCGCGCUGUCGAUGGGAAUUGUCGGGCUCUGGGGCGAUCGAUCUUGA